UUACUCUGGUUUCCUCUAGAUUAAUUGACUUUAAUGCGACAUGUUUAGCGGUUAAACUUAGCUGUUAUUCUUGAAGAUAUAACUCGGCGCUGAAAGUGGAAUUUUUAAAUGCAAAGUCUCUAAAAACAGACUUGAAAACUUCCGCAUCUUUUAACACGUCUUCUACGCCAAACCCCAUUCAAAAGGAGGAUGGCUGGCCUGUGGAGAUCAUAUCAGGCCUUGAUGACCAGAUACCCCUGGUCAGUUCAGAUAGUCACAGCUGGGUCUUUAGUGGGUGUCGGUGAUGUCGUCGCCCAACAGCUGAUUGAGAGGAGAGGAUUAGCUCAUCACAAUGUAAGACGCACAGCCAGGAUGAUGAGUAUAGGCUUCUUCUUUGUGGGUCCAGUAAUUGGCAGCUGGUACAAAGUUUUGGACAGGCUCGUGGUUGGAGGGUCUAAAUCUGCUGCCAUGAAGAAAAUGCUUGUUGACCAGUUGUGUUUUGCACCGUGCUUCCUGGGAGCUUUUCUCGGUAUCUCUGGUGCCCUGAAUGGACUAACAGUGGAGGAGAACAUUGUCAAACUUAAGAGGGACUACACAGAUGCUCUGAUCUCCAACUACUAUCUGUGGCCUCCAGUCCAGAUCGCAAAUUUCUACUUCAUUCCACUGCACCACAGGCUGUCCGUCGUCCAGAUCGUCGCCGUCGCCUGGAACUCCUACCUGACCUGGAAGGCCAACAAGAUGUGAAGAAAACUCACAAGUCCAACUUGUCUUGUUGUUGUUGAUGAUGAUGAUGAUGAUUUUACACUCAUUUGUACUGUAGACUGCGAGUGUGUGAGAAAUGAGCUCAACUUACUUUAGUCUUCUGGUAUUUCCAAAGUGCAAAACUGUGACUGAAUCACAUGUAAAAGGUCGGGGAAGAUUGCUCGUCUACUCUGAGUGACAAAUUUGCACUUGAAAGUCAAACUUGCAUUUUGCAGAAACGUCUGUGAAAGUUUAUUUAUGGAAAUGAGAUUUGGCUGCAGAGCUGCAGUGGAGCCACACGUACAUUAACACCUGCUGGUUGAUGAAGGAAAUGUUCUUCUCAUUGACUCAAUGAGCUUCACCGAUAAUGUAUUUUUGAUUUACAUGCUUGGUUUACUGGACUCUUCUCCACCUGACUCAUUGUUUUACUUUGACUUUGUUCUAGUUUCUGCCAACAUUUUAAUAACCCCUCAAGAAUGAAACGCACAUCAAAUGAACACCAUCAUGAAAGCCAGUUUUCUAAAUGAUUAAAAUUCUUACCCAC